CAGCUCGCUCCCCUCCUGCUUCCUCCCCGGCCACUGCCUGGGCGGAGGCGGAGGCGGAGGACCGGGCUGGCAGCCCUGCUCGUGUCCCGGCUCGGCCCCAGACGGCCCGGCUGCUGUGCGGAGAGGAGGCCGAGUCGGUAGUGAAAAGAAAAUACUGAAGAAUAGGAUUUCAAGAUGAGUAAAAAGCCCCCAAAUCGUCCUGGAAUCACUUUUGAGAUCGGUGCUCGUUUGGAGGCACUGGACUACUUACAAAAAUGGUAUCCAUCACGAAUUGAAAAAAUCGACUAUGAGGAGGGCAAGAUGUUGGUCCAUUUUGAGCGUUGGAGUCACCGUUAUGAUGAAUGGAUUUACUGGGAUAGCAAUAGGUUGCGACCACUGGAGAGACCUGCAUUAAGAAAAGAAGGGUUAAAAGAUGAGGAAGAUUUCUUUGAUUUUAAAGCUGGAGAAGAAGUUCUGGCUCGCUGGACAGACUGUCGCUAUUACCCUGCCAAGAUUGAAGCAAUUAACAAAGAAGGAACAUUCACAGUUCAGUUUUAUGAUGGAGUAAUUCGUUGUUUAAAAAGAAUGCACAUUAAGGCCAUGCCCGAGGAUGCUAAGGGGCAGGUGAAAUCCCAGCAUCCACUAAGCUGGUGUUGUCCUAUCGACCCAGCUGGAUCGUGUAACCAGUCUAUGGGAAGUGAGGAUUGGAUAGCUCUAGUCAAAGCAGCUGCCGCGGCUGCAGCCAAGAAUAAAACCGGGAGCAAGCCUCGCGCCAGCGCCAACAGCAAUAAAGAGAAAGAGAAAGAUGACAGGAAAUGGUUUAAAGUACCUUCAAAGAAGGAAGAGACUUCAACUUCUAUAGCUUCUGCAGAAGUUGAGAAGAAGGAAGAUCUGCCCACAUCUAGUGAAACAUUUGGACUUCAUGUAGAGAACGUUCCAAAGAUGGUCUUUCCACAGCCAGAGAGCACAUUAUCAAACAAGAGGAAAAAUAAUCAAGGCAACUCAUUUCAGGCAAAGAGAGCUCGACUUAACAAGAUUACUGGUUUGUUGGCAUCCAAAGCUGUUGGGGUGGAUGGUGCUGACAGAAAGGAAGACUGCACUGAAACAGCUCCAAUGCUGGAGCAGGCGAUUUCACCUAAACCUCAAAGUCAGAAAAAAAAUGAAGCUGACAUUAGCAGUUCUGCCAACACUCAGAAACCUGCACUGUUAUCCUCAACUUUGUCUUCAGGGAAGGCUCGCAGCAAGAAAUGCAAACAUGAAUCUGGAGAUUCUUCUGGGUGUAUAAAACCCCCUAAAUCACCACUUUCCCCAGAAUUAAUACAAGUCGAGGAUUUGACGCUUGUAUCUCAGCUUUCUUCUUCAGUGAUAAAUAAAACUAGUUCUCCACAGCCCGUGAACCCCCCUAGACCUUUCAAGCAUAGUGAACGGAGAAGAAGAUCUCAGCGCUUAGCCACCUUGCCCAUGCCUGAUGAUUCCGUAGAAAAGGUUUCUCCUCCCUCUCCAGCCACUGAUGGGAAAGUAUUCUCCAUCAGUUCUCAAAAUCCGCAAGAGUCUUCAGUACCAGAGGUGCCUGAUGUUGCACAUUUGUCACUUGAGAAGCUGGGACCCUGUCUCCCUCUUGACUUAAGUCGUGGUUCAGAAGUUUCAGCACCACUAGCCCCAGAUCCCGCUUACCAUAAUGAAUGUCCCAGGGCAGAAAAGGAGGACACACAGAUGCUUACAAAUCCUGCUUCCAGAGCAAUAGCUGAUGGAAGAGGAGCUCCAACAGCAUCAGGAAUAUCGAAAACAGAAAAAAAAGUGAAAUUGGAAGAAAAAAGCUCAACAGCAUUUGGUAAGAGAAAAGAGAAGGAUAAGGAAAGAAAAGAGAAGAAAGACAAAGAUCACUACAAACCAAAACAGAAGAAGAAAAAGAAAAAGAAAAAGAAAUCCAAGCAGCAUGACUAUUCAGACUAUGAAGACAGUUCUCUAGAAUUUCUGGAAAGGUGCUCUUCUCCACUAACUCGAUCUUCUGGGAGUUCUCUGGCUCUGCGAAGCAUGUUUACGGAGAAAAAUACAACAUAUCAGUACCCGAGGGCAAUUUUGUCAGUUGAUCUUAGUGGUGAAAAUUUAUCCGACGUGGAAUUCCUAGAUGAUUCUUCAACAGAGAGUUUGCUUCUCAGUGGGGACGAGUACAAUCAGGACUUCGAUUCAACCAAUUUUGAGGAAUCUCAGGAUGAAGACGAUGCUCUUAAUGAGAUUGUGCGGUGUAUUUGUGAAAUGGAUGAGGAGAACGGCUUCAUGAUCCAGUGUGAAGAGUGCCUCUGCUGGCAGCACAGCGUGUGCAUGGGGCUGCUGGAGGAGAGCAUCCCCGAGCAGUACAUCUGCUACGUCUGCAGGGACCCUCCUGGUCAGAGGUGGAGUGCGAAAUAUCGGUAUGAUAAGGAUUGGUUGGAUAAUGGGAGGAUGUGUGGGUUAUCGUUUUUAAAAGAAAAUUACUCUCAUCUCAAUGCCAAAAAGAUAGUAUCCACCCACCACCUGCUUGCUGACGUCUACGGUGUCACUGAAGUCCUGCACGGGCUGCAGCUGAAGAUCGGCAUACUGAAGAAUAAACAUCAUCCUGACCUUCAUCUCUGGGCCUGUUCUGGGAAGCGAAAAGACCAAGAUCAAGGAAUUGCUGGGAUAGAGAAAAAAGUAGCAGUGCAAGACACAGUUAAUAUAGAGGAAAAGAAAUACCACAUACAGAACCAUAAAGAACCACCUCGUUUGCCCCUAAAAAUGGAAGGAACGUACAUAACAAGUGAGCACAGUUACCAAAAGCCACAACAUUUUGGUCAAGACUGCAAGUCUCUUGUAGACCCUGGGAGCUCAGAUGAUGAUGAUGUUAGUAGUUUUGAAGAAGAACAAGAAUUCCAUACAAAAGAUAAAAACCGUUCACACUACUCAGUGAAAGAAGAUGGAAUGCCUGAAAAGAAUCCAGCUGAGAGGAAUACGGUAUUUAUUUAUAAUGAUAAAAAGGGCACUGAAGACCCAGGAGACUCACAUCUUCAGUGGCAGCUCAAUCUCCUUACACACAUAGAGAAUAUGCAGAACGAAGUCACCAGCAGGAUGGACCUAAUAGAGAAAGAAGUUGAUGUUCUGGAAAGCUGGCUUGACUUCACAGGGGAGUUGGAGCCCCCUGACCCUCUCGCAAGGCUGCCCCAACUUAAGCGCCAUAUCAAACAGCUCCUAAUUGACAUGGGCAAAGUACAACAAAUAGCAACUCUUUGCUCUGUAUGACAACCGUGAAAACCUAAUGAAAAGAAUGCAUUAAGCUCAUUAUAAACAGAAUGGCUUGCAGAAGGGUCCGUGUGCCGAAUGACGAAGACGCUGCUGGAGAGAGAGUGCUAACUGUCGUGGGAGUUCCGCUCCCGGGUCUUGCGUAUGCCAUCAGCCCGUCAGAAACACAGGUGUCAUGCAGACUAUAUAUGUCCUACAUAUAGUUGAAUUCAGGACUCAGGCAUCAGCGUACAGUUUGAUCCUGAGCAUGCUUGGUGUUUGCCUUCAGAUUAAAAAUUGUAAAUCACCUCAGCUGGGAUGAGGAGUGACAAAAAUAAUGAAAUAAUUUGUGGCUGUGGAUUUUUUAACUGCUGGUAGUGGGAUACUGGAAAAGCUUCAUUUCUGAAGAUGAAUUUUAUUUUUAAAAAAUACAUGCACACUCAAAACUUUUAGCUUUGAUCACAAAUGGACACAUUUCUGAAACCAAAGGCAACUAAGUUGCUGAGUUAGCUCUUGCUGGAAUUCGGGCCCGGGCCCUCCUGUCUGCCAGUGCUCUUGUGAGUUGUGUGCCGCCGCCAUGCUCCAUACGCGGGUAUGCGUAAGCGUGUGUGCUUGUUUGAAACAAACACUCAACGUACAUAUGUACAUAUCCUACACAUAUUUAUAUCUGCACAUAUCUAGUUUUAUUACUAUAGACUAUAAGAGUUGGUGGUUAACAUGAAAUGUUACCUUUUAACAGACUUUUUAAAAAUUAAAAAUGUAUGUACAGGUUUUGAAACUUUUUUAAAAAGGGGAAAAAGACUGUUCAGAGGAGGCAGUUUGAUGAUAGAACACUUGGAUAUUUUAUGCCUCCUUCUGUUUAUCAGUUCUAGCGAUCUGUGUAAAUGCAUUGUAGAGCUGAUACACAGUAAACUUGAAUUUAUCUUUGAUAAGAAUACAUGCCACUGUACAUUCAGAUAUUAUUUAAAUUUGCAAACACACUGUUCUAUAUGUAAGGUACUGUAUGUAAAACUCUUUAUUAAAACUAUUCCACAUAUCCUAAAAUUUCAGCUUGCCUUCUUGCGGCCUUAUAUUUUGAUGUGAAGACGAUUAAAAGAAUGUGCAAAACCAUCAUUAGAGAUUUUUAUUGCCUUUUGACAUUUUCCAACUUGACAAAUGUGCCAAAGAUCAACAGACAUAAGAUACAGUCUUGUGUAUUUACUUGUUAUACAUAAACGUUAUCAGAGAUCUUACUGGGAAAUGAAAAGCUUUAAUAGAGGUGGUUGGGAUACUGGCUUAAAUUUGUAUAUUAAAGUAAAAAAAGAAUAGUGCCUCUAUUCCAUGUGUGGCGUAAGCGUCCUAAUGUCUGUAUUACCUUUCAUUUGUGUUAAAAAUAAUGGCUCUAAUCUUUUCCCUGUGGUCGUUAAAUUCCAGACAUUGAAUUUGUAUCUUUUUUUUUUUCCCCCCAGAGUGGAGCAGAUAGCAUCCUUAACCCAUGAAUAGUGGAGUUGCCUAGAUUCUUGUCACAUACACAGAAGACCCUUUGUACCUAGUAAUACUCAUCUUCUCAGUCCCUGGUGACCACAGUUAGAUUGCUGUGCAUUGUUUCUGUAGUACCUUAUGAUCAGAUCAGUUUAUUUGUUAGCAGCCAGCAAAUGAGAAGUUCCAUUAAUACUUAGGUUACUAAAUUUUUGUUCUGCUUUUAUGUAUACGAAUUGAAAGUCUGAAUUUUUUAAUUUAGGUUUUUAAAGUCAGUCAAUGUCAGAUUACUUUUAUACACAAACCCGUUUAAUUUAGAAUAUAUCAAAACUUGAUUUGAAGUAAGCUGCGCCUUUCCCUGUUUGAGUAUGAAUUGGUUUUUGAGAAGUAAGUCCAUUGUGAGAGGUUUCAGAUGAGUUUUCUUUCCACUUAGUCUUGCUUAACAAAUACAUGUCUUUAAGUAUCAGCAAUAGACUAGAGAGGGUGUUUCUUGAUACCUUUUCACUGCUACCCUGACAGAACCAAACGAGCACCAGUGGGAGGGAUCCUGAGUAUGGGACUGAUAAAUGUAACUGGUACUCCCUCAUGCGCAUGCGUAGUCCCCCUGACUUAGUAUUCUAAAACUCAAGGACACUGCACUCUUUCCUUAAAGGAACCCAGUCACUCUCCUAGUUUCCGAGCACUCUCAUUUUCACUGAUUGAUUUCCUCACAUACUCAUAGUCCACGUGUUUGAAACAAAGCACCCUAUUUCCCCUCCACUCAACUGGACCUCCUCCACCUUCACUCUCUGCUGUGACAUUAUGCUGAGAGCCCCAGCUUGAAACUCAAGAGUCUCCCCAUAUCUCUCCCAUCACCACCUGUGCUGCCUGCUCAGAACAAACGCUGUUUACCUCCUUUGCCCUCUCUAGUUUUUUUUCACAUCGUGCUGUGUUAAUAUUGGUGUUGAUACUGGCCUCCUGAAAUUUGAACCUUGCCAUCACUAUAGUUCAUGAAAACGGUCAUUUGCCAGGCUAGAAGAUUCAGAGUUCCUGAGCGUCUGCUUUAUGUCAGUGUGGUGCAUUACCUGCAGAGUCUGGUUUAAUGCUUGUGUGGAUAGUUGGGCAAACGGUCCUUUUCAAGUCCUCAGGAAGACUUAAGUGGCAGGUUCAAGAUGCAGAUGCUGUGCUGGUCAAGCUCAUAACCUCCAGCAGAGGGUUUUUUUUUGUUGUUUUUUUGGUUUUUUUUUUGCUGAUUUUGUCAGUUAAGUUGUCUUCUCUGAAGCCGCUAGUGACUCCCUGUUUCAGAUCAGGUCUGUGUCAUCCGGCUUUCAAAUUCAUUUAAGUACAGCCUCAUUGUUAGAUAGACCACGCUCGUUUUCCAUGGCUUGCCUCCUUAACAUUUCUCUCUUCUGGAAGAUUCUCCUUUGUGUCUCUACAAAACCGAGCAAUUACUGGAGCUUCAGAUUCUCCUCCAUAUCCCAGGCCGCCUCUUGUACACUGUGCUGUGCCUGCUACAGAGGAGCAACGUCCGGGAGCGCUGUACCCGGCACUGGGGGACUGGUGUGAGCUCUGCAGUUACGCCACUCCCGUUUUCACUCUGGCACAUGACUAGCAGUCAUCUCUCUGAGCUUGGGGGCUCUUCAUCCGUCAGACGUGCAUGACAGCUAACAGAACUGUGCUGAGAGGUAGAUGAAGCAAAUAAAGUUCCCAGAAGCUUUGAUUAAAUUGUGAAGUUGAAAAUUAGAUGCAGUGGUCACAUUGAGUGUCAUCCUUGUGCCAGCCAUCGGGUUAUGUGGCUGGAUCUAGAACUCACCAGGUCAUAGUCUAUCAGAAACAUUGAAAGCCUGUUUUUCAGAGAUGGGUGAUAUCAAAGACUACAAGGAGCCAGAGAGGCAAAUAAUGGAAAGGUAAUUACAUUUGUAGGUAGAGGGCUUU